AUGUUGCACUACUCGAACAAAUUAAAGUAUCAAGAAUGUGAAGGCGAAGCAUCAAUACAAAAUGCACUUGAAAUGGGAUUACAAACGUUAAAACAUAUGCCAAAAUAUUCUAGUCGUGAAAUGCUUUUUGUGCUGGGCUGUUUAACAACAUGUGAUCCAGCAAAUAUUUUACAAACACUAAAGAUUUGUAAAGAGAACGAAAUACGUUGCUCAGUGAUUAGUCUCUCGGCUGAAGUUCGAGUUUUUCGGAAAUUAUGCGUUGAUACUAAAGGCAUAUUUCAUGUCAUAAUGGAUUCAAAUAAAUUCGAAUCAUCACUUGUACGUAUGGAUUUUCCUAAAUAUCGAACAUAUACAACAUCGAAUGCAAAUAUAUCAACAACGUCAUCGAACAGUGCAAAACACGAAAAAGCGUCCAUGUGUAUGUGCCAUUUGGAACAACGUGGUGGAAUAAAUGGUUUCUCUAUUGGUGACUAUUUUUGUCCAACAUGCGAGAGUAAAUAUUGGGAAUUACCAACGGAAUGUAGUAUAUGUCAUCUAACACUUGUAUCCGCACCACAUUUGGCACGAUCGUAUCACUUUUUAUUUCCAAUCGAACAAUUUAUCGAAGUAACACGUGACGAAUUACCAAGUCAGAAAUGUUUUGCUUGUCAGCAUGCAUUCGAUGAACAAAAACAUAAGAGUAUUUUUAAAUGUACAAGUUGUAAUAAUAUUUUCUGUUUCGAAUGUGAUCUUUUUAUACAUGGAACUAUAUUUACAUGUCCCGGUUGUAUACGUUAUGCACAGUUGAAAUAA